AUGUUUAUUUUCCAUUCUCAGGAUGAAAACGCUCCAAACGAUGAGAAUCUGCAGUCAACACCUGCAGUUUCUGAAGCAAAUGCACCUCCAGCAUCAGCGGCUCCAGCAGUUCCUCUUGUAGCCGUUCCACCCGUAACCUCAUCCCCGUACGCAAUGCCGCCACAGCCUACUUCACAAGCCAUGAUGCCUCCACCAGUUAUGCAGAUGCAGCCGUCCGUAGCCGCUAUGCCGCCGACAUCACAGCCACAAAUGGGUAUGGCAAUGGGACCACCGCAACCUUAUGGAUAUCCACCACAAGGACUGCCACCAGGUCCACAAGGUCUGGCGCCCGGUCAAGUGAUGCCGGGAGCUUAUCCGCCGCAUGGCUACGAGCAACAAAUGAUGUAUCAGCAGCAACAAGCACCACCACAGCAACAACCAUACAUGCGCUAGUC